CUUCAGAGAUCCUCUGUUUUCCGUCUACUUCUUUUUCAGUUUUUGAAAUCUGAAAAAGAAGAGAAAGGAUGUUCUACUCGCAUCAGCUUCUGGCGCGCAAAGCUCCUCUCGGCCAGAUAUGUGAAGAGAUUCUGAAUCCCUCAGUUCCUAUGGCUCUUAGGCUCUCUGGAAUCCUCAUGGGUGGAGUCGUGAUUGUCUACGAGCGAAAAGUGAAGCUCCUUUAUGAUGAUGUUACCCGGCUUCUGGUUGAGAUGAACGAAGCGUGGAAGAUGAAAGCGGUACAAGACCCCACCGUCCUCCCGAAAGGGAAAACCCAAGCCAGUGAAGAGAUUCUGAAUCCCUCAGUUCCUAUGGCUCUUAGGCUCUCUGGAAUCCUCAUGGGUGGAGUCGUGAUUGUCUACGAGCGAAAAGUGAAGCUCCUUUAUGAUGAUGUUACCCGGCUUCUGGUUGAGAUGAACGAAGCGUGGAAGAUGAAAGCGGUACAAGACCCCACCGUCCUCCCGAAAGGGAAAACCCAAGCCAGGAGAGAAGCUGUUACUCUUCCUGAAAAUAAGGAGAAGGAUGUUGGAGAUAUUGAGCAAUCCCUUAAUUUCUCUAACUCAACCACCACCUUGGGCUGCCAUCGAACUGGCUUUUUUGCCGUGAGACUUGAUGAUGUCGAUGAACCUGAUAUUAACAAUGAUCCCAGGAAUGAAGAUCCAUUCCAACUCUAUCAUCAAGCUGAUGCUGAGAACAUCACCUUAUUUGAACGAUUUGAUUCAUAUCAGACUAAUAUGGAAUUUUACAAUCGAUAUGAAAGAUUUGAUAUAGAGGGUGAUGAGGAGACACAAAUGAACAACACUUCUGGAGAGCCUACACAGAUGCCAAGUACUCUUGUACCUUCUCCACCACAAAAAGACAGUCCUCAAGGAGGUCAGCAACAUGUUGAUCGAGUCCAAGAUCAGCAUCCAGAACGCGAAGGCAAUCAGCAAUCUGAUGAACGUGCAGAAGCUAAACAGCAUGAACAUGAGCAGACACCAAGACAAGUAAAAAGGAUAACCAGAAGACCAGCAGUUUUCAUGGAUAAUCAACAAACUAUAAUUCCUGGUCAUACAUACAGGUCCUGGUUUGAAAAUGUUUCAGAUAUCAGCUCAAGAAGAGGAAGAAAGAGAAAGGCAUGCACAAAUAUCAUGUCUAGGAUGAAGAUAGCUAAACUAAUGGAUCUCCCAGCUGUAGUACUGAUGGAUGAUAUGUUUAGUAAUGGAAUUCAAGAAAUCCAUUAUCCAGCACCUCUCAUGGAACUCUGGAUUAGAAGUACUCAACCUCUCCAUGGUUCACCUUCUGCAAGGACUUUAGGAGCAGCAGCCCCAGAACCGUCAUCCAUGUCACCACCAGAUGGACUAAAUUCUCAUGAUACGAUGAGAUAUCCCUUUGAUGAUUUUCACAAUGGAUUUGGUUCCCCAUCCAUGGAUGUUCCCAUGGAGAAGAUACGAACUGGUCUUGUUAAUGAUGCUGUGGAAAUCCUCAUUGACGAAUUAAAAGCCAGGCGAGUAGCUAAUGCUUCAAGUGCACCUGAGGAUAAUGUGAUGGCCACGCCAUUGAAUUCUGGAGGUGAAAUGAGAUCUGCUGGCUCAACACCAGAAGGGUCCAACAAGAAAAGGCCUUAUUCUUCAUCAAAACAUAGUGGCAGUAGCCUCGAUCCAGUAGCUGAAGAGACUUCAAUGAGGCAUCCCGAUCCAACUUUCAAGUUAUCAAGGCUAUCAGAAAAGGAUCAGACACCUGAUCAAGAAUUGUUGGUGGAAACUGGACCUACACCAACACAAUAUCCAGUCAUCAGUCAGCCUGUUGACAAGAUGACUGAUACCAUCCGAAUGCAUUUGAAAACACAUUUUGAAACUCCAGGGGCCCCUCAAGUGGAGUCUCUGAACCACCUAGCUGCUGGAAUGAACAGAAAAGGAGCAGCUCUGCUCUUCUAUCAGACUUGUGUUCUUGCAUCCCAUGAUUUCCUGAGAGUUCAGCAAAAGAUGCCUUAUGGAGAUGUUCUCAUCUCCAAAGGACCAAAGCUGUGACACAAGGUUAUUUUACAUGAACAGAUUAAUUUUUUUCAGGUUAUGAUUUAUGUAAGAAACACAUAUGCAUGUACCAGCUUUUAAAUUAGGAAAUAGUAAAUAUAGAAACCAGGAAUUCCAUCCCACCUAUGGAUACUUGACAGAUAUCACAGUUCUUUGUUCAUUCCUGUCAAAGUUCUAUCUUUUUUAGCAGACCUUAUACAUCCAUGUUCUUGGCAAUAUUUUAUUACUCUGAAUGUUUCGGUGACCAUAAACUUUAUUACUAAUUAACUAUUGUCACUGUAUUCUUUUGACAUCUGUCACAACUUGUUGCAAACUAUGUUCACCAUAGAAUUUGGAUGAGCCAUUCUGCCUGCAUCUCAGUUUAUUCUAUGCUAUAACGGUAAGAAAUAAUUGGUCAAAUUGCAACUGCAACACUAUAUCUUCCGUCAACUUUCUCAAAACCCAGAUACCCUUUUAUUCCAAAAGCACUAAAUAAUAAGCAAAAAUCUACUUCUAUAUUUGAGAAUUUUGCAAUCUAAUUCAUUUCAGUUAGUGCUUGACAGAUGUUAUAGCUUGAAUCAUGAUAAUUAGAGACAAAACCCAGUGUUCCCCUAUUUUCUCACAUAAGAUCUCAAAAAAUAAAAAUAAAAAAAAAGGUGGCAUGCAAACUGCAAAGCCCUUAAAUGUUCCGUUCUUGGCAAAUUAGCCAUUAUGUUAACAACCUCAGUCACCUGUUGUCAUGUGAGUUAAACGACAUGUGAUUUUUCCUUCCGUCAAGUGGGGGUUUAGGUGUAAAAGUAAAUGGCCUUCUACUCACAAGACACGACGUGACUGCCGCCCUUCACUUAAAGGCCAAUUUGCUAUGAACAGUUUGAUAUUGCCAUUUGGAGGCGGUGAUGAGUGAUUUUAUCU